GUUAACCUUUGGUGUGGGUGUGUGUGUAAGUAAAGGAUAAAAGUCCAACUUCAUUCUUAAUGUUAUUCACUUUUUGCCACUUUUUGAGUUGCAUUGACAAAAGACCAGAACCAUGAAGGUGUACUUGCUGCUACUGCUUCUGCUGCCACUUUGCACAGCUCAGAAAUUUACCAUUCAGUGUUAUGGUGAGGAUUUCCUGAUGGUCAACAACAUGCUGCUAGAUUGCAGUGGCUCACAUCAACAGGCCUGCUACACCAGGGAUAACGGAGAAAAGGGUUGCACUCGUAAGGUCAACUGCUCUAAACCUGGAUGGACCUGUUGCUACACAGACCGCUGCAAUGCUUGAUCCAAUAACAACGCAAGGAUUACUGCCAUCAUGAAAAAACAUGUUGUGAAAUAAAGCAAGGGAGACAUCCUUUCAGUGCUGUUUCUGUGACCUUAAUAAAACAGUAACCUCAUUA